GAUUGAUAAUUAUCUCAGUGCUGACGUUCUGUUCGAGAGAUCGUGUCUUGAUAAAUAUUACUACGGGCAAACAUGUCAGCCUUCCAUUGUGUGUGUGUAACCGUGUUGGUCUAUUUGUCGUUCACAAAAGCAGCGGAUAAAUUUUGUUCAGACAUUGAUGAAAAUGCGUGUAACUUAUUGAAACAAACACUCCCAGACAUGUGUGCGGACAGCUGUUUCGCUGACGUUUGCAAGAAGACCUGCAACAUGUGCCCGUUAGUGUGUUAUCAAUGCAAUAGAGAAUUUUAUCCUGAGAUGUGCAAGAAGAAAAUUCAGUGCAACGAUACUCAGCUGUGUGUGGCCUCCCAAGAACUUUCUGUAGAUUUUCUUCCUCUUUAUGUCUCCGGUUGUAUGGAGAAGCAGACAUGUUUGGAUAUUUUUGGAGAAAUAAACAGAAGAUCUACGCUUAUAUAUGGACCAAAGAGGGACUAUGCAUUGAACGGAAGUUGCUGCAACUUCGAUUUAUGUAACGAACACGAUCUUCAAAAUGCUGCAACAGUGGACCCAUCUGUGCAAAAACCGACUGCUGCACCUGUGCAGUACGACGAUUUGUGUGAACUAUCGGAUUUGGAUACUGAUAUGUGCAGAAACCUUUCUAGAUCGGAUCCUAAUAUGUGUUCACGGUCAUGCUUUGCGCAGAAGAUCUGUCCCAUCACGUGCGGAUCAUGUCGUCGCUGUUACAAGUGUGUUAACGUGAAUGAUCCAUCAAGCUGUGUCAGAUCGCAAACUUGUACAAAAAACCAGCAAUGCAUUGUGUUACACACGCUGGACAAUAACUUUAAUCCCACGUAUAAACUGGGAUGCGCUGACACCAAUAUAUGCCAAGUCUAUUUUGGUGGAGCCGGAACGGUUUCUGGAAAUCGAAGAGCAGAUGAGGGUUUGGUCGGCCACUGCUGCGACAAAGACUACUGCAACGGGCCACCUCCAACUACUACUACAAUUACAACAUCAGUCCAAAGUCAAUCCACGCAACACAACGCCGCAUCCCACAGUCAUCCCACAUCCCAUGUCCACCCAUCGCCGCAUAGUCACCCAACGAAAGAUAGCCGUCCAACGUCCACGUCUCCAAGUGUAACACAAACAACCGAAUUUCCUUCCACUCAGACAAUUCCAACUCAGACAGUUCCACCUCAGACGACUUUUGCACCAGAUCCAGCUUGUAAAGACGUUGUUAACAACUGUGCAGUCGUCUCACAAAACAUUCUGUGUAACACGAAUGAAAACGCUUCUCUUGACUAUGCCAUCAAAUACUGUCCAAGCACCUGUCGUCUUUGCAAAGAAUACGAAGCAUGGAAGAAUUCACAAGUGUCCACUACACCCGUCACUACACCUUUCCCGUGCGUUGAUGUACUGCCAAGCUGUUCUGUCUAUGGGCCUGUGUUUUGUCUGGACUCCACCCCAUCAACCCGCACCUACGUCAUACAAUAUUGUGCACUGACUUGUAAUCUUUGCAAGGAGUAUUUUCAGUACAAACAGCAGCAUGCUUCAGUGACUGGGUGAAGUGUCACACUAUCCUGGAUAAGGAAAUUCUUUGAUCAUGUAGUCUAAUCAUAUUUGUUAGAAAUAAACAGAUACUAACAUA